AUGGCAGCGGGGCUGGAUUGCAUGGCUUUGGUGGUCGCCGGCAGCGAGAGGGGGAGAGAGCGGCGCAGAUCUGGAUCAGCGCCCGCCGUCUCCCCGAACCCUAGCUCCGCCGCCGCGGAGGACCACCACCUCCCUGACCUCACCGUCCUCGGCCGCCACCUCAAGUCCCCCUGCAAGACCCACGCCGUCCUUGUCCUCUCUACCGGCGGCGCCCCAUCCUCCGCCCCUGCAGCGCAGCACCACUCUUACGUCUUUGGAGAGGAUGUGGGUUUCGGCGACGUCUUCCACUGCACGACAGGGCUAGCCGAACGAUUCGGGAAACAGAGAGUAUUCAAUACGCCAUUGUGUGAACAGGGUAUUGCCGGAUUUGCUAUUGGCUUAGCAGCAAUGGACAAUAGAGCUAUUGCUGAAAUCCAGUUUGCACAUUAUAUCUUUCCAGCAUUUGAUCAGAUUGUCAACGAAGCCGCUAAAUUCAGAUACCGAAGUGGAAAUGAAUUUACCUGUGGAGGUUUAACAAUUCGAUCUCCAUAUGGAGCUGUUGGACAUGGUGGUCACUACCAUUCACAGUCACCAGAGGCUUUCUUCUGCCAUGUUCCUGGCCUGAAGGUUGUCAUACCUCGGAGUCCACGUGAGGCCAAGGGACUUUUGCUGGCCAGCAUUCGUGACCCAAACCCACUCAUCUUUUUCGAGCCAAAGUGGCUGUACCGUUUGUCUGUUGAAGAAGUUUUUUAG